AUGGCAGAGUAUAGAGACCUAGCAAUAGCCCAUCCCCAAUGGGCUGACUUCCCAAACAACCUCCCACCAAAUACCCGCCGACUUCCCAUGACCCGCGACCACCUCCCAAUAGCACCCCAAGCAAACCUAGACAUCGAGGAGUUCCAUAUCCCCGCACGAGACGGCCACCCGAUCUGUAUCCGGUCCUACAAAACGUCCGACCAGAAAGAUUUACCUCUGCUCAUCUAUCUCCACGGCGGUGGUUUCGUAACAGGUAGUCUAGAGACAGACCAUGGCUCGUGCCGCGUACUGGCAGCGAACCUUCCCCUCCUAGUACUCAACGUCGAGUACCGUCUUGCUCCGGAGAAUAAGUUCCCGGUUGGUUUUGAAGAUUGUUUUGAUGUUGUUCGCUGGGCCGCGAAAGAAGGAUCCAGUCACUUCCCAAUAAAUCUACGAAAAGGCUUCCUAUUAGGUGGAACAUCCGCCGGAGCAAAUUUCACAGCCGGAAUCGCCCAUCUCGCCGUUGAAGAGGGACUUUCGCCGUCAUUGACGGGGCUGUUAUUUCUAGCAGGAAGCUUUUGCCAUCCAGAUGCCCGUCCAGCGAAAUACUUACAUCGUAUUUUGAGUGUGGAUGAGGUCAACGAUGCACCUGGGCUGACGAGGAAGUCUAUUGAUUAUUUUUCUGCUAAAUACGGCGCGCCACCAGAAGAUAAGCGGCUAUCACCUUUGCUCUUUGAUUCGCAUGCCAAUCUAGCUCAGAAGGUUGCGUUCUUUGUUUGUGGAUGGGAUCCGCGGCGGGAUGAGGCUUUGCUACUUGAACAGCUGCUUAAGGAAGAAGGUAUUGAUACUAAGUUAGCUGGCAGCGGGAUUUGGUGGAAGGGAUACGAUUUCUAUUGA